AUGACCCUAGAGGUCCGCCGUAGCUCUGUCCUUGUAACUAAAAAUUUCUAUACACACCUAAAUCCUUAUCCGCUAGAUACUUGUACACCACUUAGAUCUACAACAGAGCUAAGUACACUUGUAUACAACUUAGAGAACAAGUCUGAAAAAUUACAAUCAGAGCCUAUACCUUUAAUUGCAGGGUCAGUAAUACAUUCUUGCAAGAAUAAAGAAUCAGCACCUAUCAUCACAUAA